GUUUUAUCUUGCUCAAACGGCGAAAAAAAUUGGUGGUGUUCGGUUGUACGUCGCGCAAAGUCCCGCAAGUCCGCAGAGCAAAAUAUAUCUCACAAAAUCGCAAGUUUACAGAUUCACUUCAGCUUACGGUGUGUAGCAGAACCACUUAAAAGUAACGACCGGAAGAAAUUCAACAAUACGCAUUGCAAAUGCAAGUCUAAAGUGUGCGCAGGCAAACGCAGUGUGAAAGGAAACAGCGAAGCACUGAAUUGUUAAUUAACGUGUAAUAACAAUCCGGCAAAUAAACCACAUACCGUAUCCGAUCUACAGCAGAAAAACCUUAGGCACCCAAUAUAUAUACAUCUCUUAAUGCAUCAGCUAAGCAACAGUAUUUUUGCUCAACAUUAAAUGUACGAAAACUCCCAAGGCAGAAGAAUACUAGACAUAUUUUCAUAGCCGUGAUUAUUUGUUGCAUUUGGAUAGAACCACUGGAGAUACGAGCAGCAAAGAGAACGCAGCGAGCUUAAGCCAACAACGUAGUACGACUAGCAAAAGACACCACCAAUUUAAUUUUUAUCUAGAAAACCAUACAAUACCGCAAGCAAAGUAGCCAAAAUCUCUUAUGUAUAGUAUAUGUAUCGAUCAUUUAUGAUUGACGUAUAGCAAAGUUAUAUUUACAAAACCCAUAACUUAGUCGGAAAGUGAGCCCAUAAAAAGACAAAGCCACUGCUGCGAUACAGACCGCUGAUUACGGUCAGAUCCAGAUACAUUUUCAUCUAAACCGAGUUAAGAAAAAGGUAGCAAAAUAGAUACCAUGGAAGACAAUAACACGAGCAGCAGUGCGGGCGGUGCGUCCAUCAAACACGAGGAUCCAUCGGUGACACUCACAAUAAGGCUGAUUAUGCAAGGAAAGGAAGUUGGUAGUAUUAUUGGUAAAAAGGGUGAAAUUGUCAACAGAUUUCGUGAAGAGUCUGGUGCCAAAAUCAACAUUUCGGAUGGCUCAUGCCCGGAACGUAUUGUGACUGUGUCUGGUACAACUAAUGCAAUCUUUUCGGCAUUUACGCUCAUUACAAAGAAGUUCGAAGAGUGGUGCUCGCAGUUCAAUGAUGUAGGCAAAGUUGGCAAAACUCAAAUACCCAUUCGAUUGAUUGUGCCCGCCAGUCAAUGUGGAUCGUUAAUUGGCAAGAGUGGUUCAAAGAUCAAGGAAAUUCGCCAGACCACGGGCUGCUCCAUCCAAGUGGCCAGUGAAAUGCUGCCCAAUUCAACAGAGCGGGCGGUUACCUUGAGCGGCAGUGCCGAGCAGAUUACCCAGUGCAUCUAUCAGAUAUGUCUUGUCAUGUUGGAGUCCCCGCCACGCGGUGCUACCAUACCGUACCGACCAAAACCGCAGGUUACUGGCCCCGUCAUCCUGGCCAAUGGACAGGCCUUCACCAUUCAAGGAAACUACGCAGUGCCCACACAAGAGACCUGUCCAGUAUUUCCACUUGCUCUGGCUACCGGCGGUCUACAUGCUGGUAUCUCAGGCUUGGCGGAUCCUUUGUUAAAGGGGGCACAUUUACAAGGAGCGAUACCAGCACACCACCAUCACCUACAGCAAAUGCCCGAUGUGGCGAAGAACCCGCUGGCCAGUCUGGCUGCCUUGGGUCUGGCUGGGAUGAAUCCGGCCAGCACCGGGGGCAUCAACCACACAGGUGAGUUGAGCGCUUCUGCGGCCAGAUGCCAGACAGAUUUCCAAUCUAAUCUAGGCUCUGCCCCAGCAGCCUUGGCUGCACUGGCCGGGUCGCAACUGCGUACAGCGAAUCCCGCGAACCGAGCCCAGCAGCAGCAGCACGAGAUGACCGUCUCGAACGACCUGAUUGGCUGCAUCAUCGGCAAGGGCGGCACCAAGAUAGCCGAGAUCCGCCAGAUCUCCGGCGCCAUGAUCCGGAUCUCGAAUUGCGAGGAGCGCGAGGGCGGCAACACCGACCGCACCAUCACCAUCAGCGGCAAUCCGGACUCGGUGGCCCUGGCCCAAUACUUAAUCAAUAUGAGUGUUGAGCUGCAGAAGGCCAAUCUACUGGAGCAGGCCCAGGCCCAGCAGAACGGAGCCGCUGCCGCCGCUCCCGGUGCUGCUGCUGCCGGAGUGGCCGGAGUUGCCGGCGUGGCCGCAGUUGCCGGAGCAGCAGCUCCGCCGUCCGGCACAAACGGAGCCAUUCCCGCCAGCGUGGCCAGCGCCAGCGUGGCCAAUGGCACCGCACCGACGGCCAACGGUGGCGGCAGCAACGGCAGCAUCGGCAGCCUCUCCGCCCCCGGAUACGCCAGUGCCAAUGGCGGCGGCCAGGCCACGAACGGAUCGGUUGGUGUGAAUCCGGCGGCGGCGGCCGCUGCCCUGUCCAGUCCGCUGGCCUCGGCCCUGCAGCUGCUCACGAAGCCGGGAGCGCUGAGCGCGUUGUCCAAUCUGAGCGCCCUGGACCUGCUCAACCUGACCACGCUGGGCAACAACAACGGCGGCAGCGGCACUCCGGGCGGACCGCCGGUGCAGACAACGGGCGUGAACCGGGCCAAGGGCCACUAUGCCACCUCGCGGUUCCGGCAGCACCAGACGGAGACCGGCGGCGAGGCGGAGAAGCCGCGCAACAAGUUCAAUCCCUACUAGGAGUAGGGCUGCAGCUGCGUCAGCCGGAGAGCAGUGGAGUUGUAGUCGCUUAGUCGCUUAGUUUUAUAGGAUUUCCAUAUGAUAGCGUUGCGAAAGCUUUAGACUUUAGAGAUUCUCGAGGAAGAAACAAAAUUGUAUAAAAUUCGCUUUUUACUUUUGUGUGGUAUGCGUACAAGCUACGAUCGUAUUCAUAUUGUAUUCAGAUUCGUAUUCGAAGUUUCAAGACAAUUUUUGCAUCUAGUUGAAGCACAUUAUCCAAGUAAUUGAUAGACAGACUCAGACUCAGACUCUAUGCAAUAUUUAUCAGUGUUUUUGAAAAACAAACUAACCAACAACAAUAAGCAGUCACACUUAGUUCGGCCGCAUAGGGCAGCUAGACAUUUAAUUAAUCGAUCAGAAUCACACAAUCACACAAUAUCAAGCACCUUAGCAUUAUUGUGUAUCGAAUAUAUAAGGACAGGGUCAUCUGUGCAUGGCCCGAUCGAGAUAUUUUGACCAAGUGACCAAGGACCCUAGUGGGCGCUAUAGAUUUUGGACCCCAAACUUUUGAUAAAUGCCUACUAACAUAUAUAUAUAUAGAAGGGUACAUACAGAACUGUAUCUCGUACAUUACAGAAAUUGCCAAAUUUUAGCGCAUCCUCUAGUAGCGUUCUUUGAAGCUUUAGAUUAGAUUAGAUCGUGUUUAUCGGAGUCGAAAACCGAAUACGGAAUACCGAAUAUCGAUUUAGAGCAGGUGUACCGAGCAUAAAUGUAUCCUCAACAGCCAACAAUCUUUCCCCAAUCCAUUCAUUGUAACAUAGAACACGCUCCAAUAUAUUAUAAUCCAUUGUAAUCUUUUAGACUGUAAGCACUAAAUGUAUUUUUUCCCUAUAUAUACGAUUAUAUAUAAACAUUAAGCAUAAAGACCUAAAAGCCAUUUGUCGAGAACAGAAGCAGCAGCAGCAGAGAAAAGUGAAACAGACAGAGUAUGAAAAGAAAAGAACCUUCUAUAAGAAGUUUACAAAGAAGAAAUUCCAAUGCGUUGAGCCCCCGAGCCGAAAAGGGAGCGAUGAGAUUCAAGCUCUGAGCAGGGGGGAUCAACGACCUCUACGGACCAAUUCGCUCUAAUUGACGCAAUCCACGCAAUGAGCGUACAAAAACCAACUAUUUGAAUAGAAAAACGAACACACAGAGUAAACACAUGGAAACGCCAAGAAAAGGCGGUCAGAGAAACAUAUUCUAGGCAUAUGUUCAAUAAGAGGAGAAAAAUUUGAAUGAAUUUGAAGUAAAACGUUAUCAUGUAUUAGACUUUAAGUCUUUGAUUGGUUAAAUAAUUUGAUUUUUACAAAUUUUCCCAAUCCCUUUUGUAUUUAUUAUGCGAUUGUAAAUUUUUGUUAUUAUUUUUAGCCAAAACACUUUUGAAUUGGUCGAAAAAAAAUGUUGAAAAAGUAUUUGGAAAUUUAAUUUUCUCUACCCGUAAAGUACAUGAAAUUAUUGUAGCUACUUUAAAGGAACUUUAAUUGAUUUUCUUAUUAUAUUUACAAGUAGUUUUAAGACAAAUGACACAUUAUGUAACACAUUAAGCUAAGCGGGCUUACGAUUUUAUAACCAAAUUAUAUCCCUAACUUAUACAUCUACAUGCAUACCCACAUACCCAUAAAUACAUAUAUGCGAACAUACUUAUUAUGGCUCAUUAACACAAAGUAGCUAAAAAAGUAAAAUUCUUAUAAUGAAUAAUGAUACUUCUUGACAUUAACAAAAAUAGACACACAUUUAGAAAAGGCUUUACUUGUAGAACAACAACAACAACAACAACAAAUGAAGGAACAGCAAUAACGGCAAGAAACAAAGCAAAACUAUUUAUAUUCAAUGAAAAAAUGAUGGAAAAUACAUACAAGAGUUUGUAAUAAA